CAGCAGCCUGCUCCCCGUUUACCGACUAAGAGCCCCCAGCCGCGAUUCCACAGCUGAGAUGCAUGAUCUGCAUGUGAGAAGUGAAGUGAACAAGCGUUUGCACAACCUCGAAUCGUGCCUAUAUCUUUUUGGGUGCUGCGCUCGGGAUUGCCCAUCAACUUCCCUUUGAAUUGUCCCAUUCUUCAAAUCGCUUCGAACAUAUCUCAGAUGUGCAAAUCAUGAAGACGGUCAUCUGUCUUGUCCACGGGGCAGGGCAUCAGCCCUUGCACUACAAAUAUCUCAUUGAUGCGCUGAGGCGGCACGGGCUGACGGUCGCUGCGCCGCCCCUACCAACCUCGGGUUACGACGAUGCUUCUGCGACCAAGACACACCUAGAAGACGUGGCGAGAGUCCGAGAGUACCUGGUGCCUUUUCUCGAGCAAGGCUACGAGGCAAUUCUGGUCGGCCACAGUUACGGCGGAAGGAUCAUCACCCAGGCAGCUGCGGGCUUGACAGGAGAGGAGCGGGCUGCAGCAGGACAAGAUGGUGGUGUGGUGGCUCUGGUCUACAUUGCAGCCUUUACGGAGAAGGAGCAGCCGCUGACUCCAGAGAUUCUGGGUGUUCCACCAGAAGAUGUGAAUCCUGCGACCAAGCUGCUCUGGCCCGAGGCCGCAAUUCGAGCCAUGUACCACGACAUCGAACCCGGCCGUGCAAACGAGGCAGUCGCGCUGCUGCAGCGUCAGAGCCCACGGGAUCUUGACGGAGCCGCAGUCUGCAAGUCGUCGGAUGUCCCGGUUCCCAAGCGGUAUGUUGCGUGCCGGCAGGACCGAGUCAUCAGCUUCGGGACGCAGCUUCAGUUCGCAGAGGCGGCGGUCGCCAAGGUGGUGGCGGAGCUGGAGAGCGGACACUCCCCAUGGCUGCGGGACGACGGGAUCAGGGCUAUUGUGGAUUGUGUCCUUGAAUUCAGCAGGCGACGGCAAGACGACGUGUGAUGACGGGCAGGAAAGGAACAACUGUGCUGAGGUCGUACGUGUACUGAGGAGGAGGAUGUCAUCAUGCUAUACCUACCAUGAGGUUCCCACUUCCAAGACGUACGAAACUUGUUCUCGAAUGACCUUGACCUGGCCAGACCCUGUUUGCCUUUUCCAAGGCUGGGGCCCCUGCCUGCCUGCCAGCAUCGCCCCGUGUCCCCGAGCCAAGCUA